AUGAGUACCAAUUCCUCCAUCACCGCGGAGAACGAGUCCGCCACGGCGGACGACAUACAGUCAACUCUACCCGUUUCUGACAACGAAGAAAAAAACCAUUCGGUGACAAGGUGGUACUUGGCACCAGAGUUACAGGCCAUGCGGGAGCGCAACGAGGAAGUCGGCAACAAACCGCGGAAACUGGGGAUCACAUGGUCCAACCUCACUGUGAAGGGCAUCGGAGCCGAUGCUUCCUUCAAUGAGAAUGUCGUGUCUCAGUUCUACCCAUUUCACGGGAGCGCAAAAAACGCUCCUAUGAAGACAAUUAUCGACAAUUCAUCUGGAUGUGUCAAGCCUGGAGAAAUGUUGCUUGUUCUUGGGCGUCCCGGGUCUGGCUGCACAUCACUCUUGAGUGUCCUAGCUAACAACCGACGCGGCUUCGAAGAGGUUACCGGAGAUGUUUAUUUCGGUAGUAUGACAGCCGAAGAAGCCAAGCCCUAUCGUGCUCAGAUCAUCAUGAACACGGAGGAAGAAAUCUUCUACCCCAGCCUGACGGUCGAGGCCACUAUCGAUUUCGCUGCUCGCAUGAAGGUCCCCUGCGAUCUGCCCCCUGGGAUCAAGACGCGCGAGGAAUAUGCUCAAGCCUACAAGGAUUUCCUCCUGAGAUCUGUAAACAUCUCUCACACCAAACACACCAAGGUCGGAGACGCCUUCAUCAGGGGUGUCUCGGGAGGCGAGAGGAAGCGCGUGUCUAUCAUCGAGUGCAUGACUACCCAAGCGAGUACCUUCUGCUGGGACAACUCUACUAGGGGUCUGGACGCGAGCACUGCUCUCGAAUGGGUCAGAGCUAUCAGGGCCAUGACCGACAUCCUUGGCCUUACUACCAUUGUCACUCUGUACCAGGCAGGCAACGGUAUAUAUGAGCAGUUUGAUAAGGUCCUAGUUCUGGAUGACGGCAAACAGAUUUUUUAUGGCCCUCAAAACGAAGCUGUUCCCUUCAUGGAAAGCCUUGGCUUCGUGCGUGACUCCGGAUCGAACCGGGGCGAUUUCCUUACUGGUGUAACGGUUCCUACUGAGCGUCGCAUCGCACGUGGCUAUGAGAACACGUUCCCGCGCAACGCCGAUGCAGUUCGAGUCGCGUACGACAGAUCCCCCAUCAAGGCCCAGAUGAUGGAGGAAUGCCAAAGGUACCCCAGCACCGACGAAGCGGCCGAGAACACCGCCAACUUCAUGGAGAUGGUGGCUCGCGACAAACAGACAGGCGUGCCUCAACGCUCUCCCGUAACCGCCAACUUCCUCACCCAAGUCCGUGCUGCCGUGAUGAGACAGUACCAGAUCAUGUGGGGUGAUAAGGCGACUCUCUUCAUGAAGCAGGGCGCGACUCUCAUCCAGGCAUUCCUGGGCGGUUCCCUCUUUUACUCUGCGCCAGACAACUCAGCCGGCCUUUUCCUCAAAGGCGGCGCUCUCUUCUUCUCCAUUCUCUACAAUGCCCUGAUCGCCUUGUCAGAGGUCACCGAUUCCUUCACGGGGAGACCCAUCCUGGCCAAGCAUCGCCAAUUCGCCCUGUACGAUCCAGCUGCCGUUGUCGUAGCGCAGGUUGUUGCGGACUUGCCCAUCAUGGCUUUCCAGGUCACGCAGUUCGGUCUUGUCCUGUACUUCCUGGCUGGGCUCAAGACAACCGCUGGCGCCUUCUUCACCUACCUCGUUACCAACUACGUGACGGCAUUGUCAAUGACUUCAUUCUUCAGAUUCAUCGGUGCUGCGUUUCCCACUUUUGACGCUGCCACCAAAGUCUCGGGCCUGUCCACUGUUGCCCUGUUUGUCUACAUGGGCUACAUGAUCAUCAAGCCUGAGAUGCACCCCUGGCUGUCUUGGAUCUACUGGAUCAACCCUAUGGCCUAUGGCUUCGAAGCUCUUCUUGGCAACGAGUUCCACGACCAAGAGAUUCCUUGUGUUGGCCCCUACCUCAUUCCCAACGGCCCGAGUUAUGUGGAUGGCGAUGGAGGCCAGGCAUGUGCCGGAGUAGGCGGUGCUCUCCCGGGCGCCACGACUGUUACCGGCGAUGCUUACCUCGAUCAUAUGUCUUUCAGCCAUUCCCAUAUUUGGCGUAACUUUGGUAUCCUCUGCGCUUGGUGGAUCUUGUUCGUUGGACUCACGGUCUUCUUCACGUCCAGGUGGAAGCAAGUCGGCGAGGGUGGGCGCAGCCUCCUGAUUCCCCGAGAGCAACAUCAUAAGUCGAAGCAUCUUUUCCAACCUAGCGACGAUGAGGUACCAGCAACUGAGAAGCGUCGGGUGGAGAAUACAGGUGGCUCCUCAGACCAGGAGGUCGACGGUAAGCUUCUACGAAACAAGAGUGUCUUUACGUGGAAGAACUUGACAUAUACCGUGAAAACCCCAAACGGCGAUCGGGUUCUUCUUGACAAUGUGCAAGGCUACGUAAAGCCCGGCAUGCUCGGAGCGCUCAUGGGCUCGUCUGGUGCUGGCAAGACAACUCUUCUUGAUGUCCUGGCCCAGCGAAAGACCGAAGGCACAAUUCAUGGGUCUGUCCUCGUUGAUGGGCGCUCUAUCCCUGUGUCCUUUCAAAGGUCUGCUGGAUAUGUUGAGCAAUUGGAUGUCCAUGAACCCUUGGCAACUGUUCGCGAGGCUCUUGAAUUCUCUGCCCUCUUGCGCCAGUCUCGUGAUGUUCCUGAUGAGGAGAAGCUGGCAUAUGUUGACACGAUUAUCGAUCUCUUGGAGUUGAACGACCUCGAACAUACUCUCGUGGGCCGCCCUGGCAAUGGACUCUCGGUUGAGCAACGGAAGCGUCUUACCAUCGGAGUGGAACUGGUCGCAAAGCCAAGUAUCCUCAUCUUCCUUGAUGAGCCUACAUCUGGACUUGAUGGGCAGGCCGCGUACAAUACCGUGCGCUUCCUCAAGAAGCUUUCUGCAGCUGGUCAGGCUAUUCUGGUUACCAUCCACCAGCCAUCAGCGCAAUUGUUUGCUCAGUUCGAUACGCUCUUACUGCUCGCCAAGGGUGGAAAGACAGUCUACUUCGGUGAUAUUGGAGAUAAUGGAUCAACCAUCAAAAACUAUUUCGGCCGUUAUGGAGCCCCAUGUCCGUCUGAAGCGAACCCGGCCGAGCACAUGAUUGACGUUGUGUCAGGCGAGGACGAAUCCUACAGGGAUACCGACUGGAACAAGGUCUGGCUUGAGUCGCCUGAACACGACCACCUCACCAAGGAGCUUGACCGCAUGGUCACAGACGCUGCCUCUCGUCCGUCGGGUGUCAGUGACGACGGGAACGAGUUCGCGGCGUCCAUGUGGACGCAGACCAAGCUGGUCACGCAUCGGAUGAACAUCUCCCUCUUCCGAAACACCGAGUACAUUGACAACAAGUUCGCCAUGCACAUCAGUCUUGCGCUCCUCAACGGCUUCACCUUUUGGCAUAUCGGAGACAGCUUGACGGACCUCCAGCAGAACCUGUUCACCGUGUUCAACUUCAUCUUCAUCGCGCCGGGCAUCAUCUCGCAGCUCCAGCCCCUCUUCAUCGACCGUCGCGAUAUUUAUGAGGCGCGAGAGAAGAAGAGCAAGAUGUACCAUUGGGCUCCCUUCGUUACCGGUCUCAUUGUGUCAGAGGUUCCUUACCUCCUCAUCUGCGCAGUUCUCUAUUAUGUCUGCUGGUAUUUCACCGCUGGCCUUCCGACUGGCGCAGCACACGCAGGCGCCGUCUUCUUUCUCGUCGUCAUGUACGAGGGCCUGUACACUGGCAUUGGUCAGGCGAUUGCAGCGUACACUCCCAACGCCGUCUUCGCAUCGCUUGUCAAUCCACUAGUCAUCACAACUCUCGUCUCCUUCUGUGGCGUCAUGGUUCCGUACAGCCAGAUUCAGCCAUUCUGGAGAUACUGGAUGUAUUACGUGGAUCCCUUCAACUACCUCAUGAGCUCGCUGUUAAUGUUCACCACGUGGGACAAACCGGUUCACUGCGAGCCUGACGAGCUGGCCGUUUUCGACCCUUCUCCCAACAUGACCUGCGGAGAGUAUCUUGCGGACUAUCAGGUUGGCAUGGGAAGUGGCACCAACCUCCUCAACCCAGGUGCUAUGGCCUCUUGUGAGGUCUGUCAAUACUCCGCUGGGGAGGACUAUCUUCGUACACUGAAUCUCAAUGCUGAAUCCUACGGGUGGAGGAAUGCGGGUAUUGUUGUCGCGUUUGUAAUUGGAUUUUAUGCGCUGGUGUAUGGUAUGAUGAAACUUAGGACCAAGGCUACGAAGAAGGCCGAGUCCUAG